UAAAUAUUAUGUUUUUAAACGAUUAGAUAUCUAUAAUAAAAUAUAAUUGUUAAUAGAAAUAUGGUAACAUCUUAUACAUAUUGAAAUCGUAUUCGUACGGGUACCGGAUGUGGUUUGAAACAAGUGAAAUAACAAUUGACAAUCAAUUAAUCGAUUUGUAACAACGAUGGCGAAAGCCAUAAUGAACGACGAAUGGAGAACCUUGUAUCUGGCUCGAGCACUUUAUGACGCAGUCGAGGAUUGUAAUAUUCAGCAAGUCAAUACUUUGUUAUCUCAGAAUAAAGCUAAUCCAAAUAUUUUGAUUCCGGAGGAAGGGAUGACAGCAUUUCAUUUAGCUGCAGGGCAUGAAAACUUGGCGUUCGGAAAAAUAGCGACCUCAUUAUUUUUACAUAAUGGAGGUGAUCCCAACGUACUUUGUGAAGGAAAUCGCACAGUUCUGCAUAUUGCUGUUGCAUGGAAUCGUUCACAGGUCGUUGGAAUUUUACUCAAAAGUCCUUAUAUUAUACCCAAUCCAUACAUAAAAGAUGAAGAUAAUCUCAAUGUAUUUAAUUACGCUGUGAAAUUUAGUGCAUGGGAAUCACUUGCUACUCUUCAAUCUUAUAUGAAAAACUACACAAGUAAUUUAAAAAAGCAAGUCUCUGAUGUAAUGCAAUCAAAACAUAUUAAAGAAAAAUAUCGUAGUUCUAAAAAAGCACAGAAUAUUGAAAAAUCGAUCGAUGCUGAAUCAACAUUUGAUAAAUCUGAUAAAUUAUGUACAAACAGUGGUUAUCUUAAUAGCAGUGAAAGUUUAGAUAGCAUUUCCAAAUCAACAUUUGAUUCAGUUGGUCAAAAAAAUAAUAACAUCGAUGAAUGUAUAUUAACUUCAACAGCUUACUCUUUUGAUGAUAUUUUAAAUAAAAAUGUUUCAUCAGACAAUCAUAUUACUGGAUUACACGUCAAGCGUAUUCCAUCUAAAAUUUAUUAUGACGGAUCUAUGUUGAGUUCAAUCAAAUGCGUAUCAGAUGAAUUUGAAAGCAUAGAAAAUAUUAGUUUUCCUUCCAGUAAUUUACUAAGUGAUUCUGAAUUAUAUGAACAUAACGAGGUUGAAUUAGGAACAAAAAAUAUUUUUAGCCAGGUAGAAGAUACAUCUUUAAGUGACAGUGAUUUGAUGUCAGAUAUAUCUGGAUUAUCUAGUUUGAGUUCCGAUGAUUUUUUGACAUGUACAGAUACAAAUUCUGAACGACAAAUUCGUAAUAGUGUUAAUAGUGUUACUUAUAAGACUGACAUUGAAUUGGAAGAUGUUACAAAAAGCUUAUCAACGACAAGUAUUUAUGGCUCAAUAAGCAAUUCGACUUCUAAAACAUCAGCUGAAUUAAAUAAUCUAGAAGUUUCAAAUAUUAUUAAUUCUUUAGAUGAGUGCAGUUGUAGUUUAGUUGAAAUUUCAGAUUGUGAUACAGAUUACAUUCGUGAAAGUCUUAGGGAGUGUGGCUAUCCGCCAGGACCAAUAGUACCUAGUACAAAACAAGUUUAUGUAAGAAAACUUAAUCAAAUAUUACAAAAGCAAACAGAAGAGAAGCAUGAUGAUAAGCCUAUUAAUAAUUCAUCUGGUUCAUACAGUAUGCAGUUAACUAAAGUUUUAGCUGAUGAUGCAUGGAAAAAAACUAUAAAAAGUUGGAGUAUUUUGGAAGAUUCCAUUGUUUCUGCUAAGAGUGGUUCGUCAUUUACAUAUUUAUUAUUAGAUCCACGUAUUACAAACAAUCUACCCGUUCGAGCUAAUGAAAUGAAUCCCAUUGAAAUAUGGCAGACAUUUAUUAGAUCAAUAUUUUACAUUGGUAAAGGCACCAAAUCUAGACCUAACGAUCAUAUGAAUGAAGCAUUUAAGGCUUGGGUCGAAAACAAAAAUCAAGAUAAAAGCCGUAAAACUGAAUAUAUUUUGAGCCUAUGGAAGGAAAAAUUGGGGGUGGUUUGUGUGCAAGCAUUCCACCAUUUGAUGAUAAAAGAAGCACAUAUUCGAGAGGCAGCUAUGAUUGAUGCUAUUGGAUUGGACAAACUUACAAAUGAAAAGCGUGGUACAUACUACGAUAACACAGCUCGAUGGUUGAAUAGCGAUCGAUGUAAACUUGGUUGCCAUCUUUUGUAUCGGGCCAUGCUUGUGUUUUUAGCUGAUGGUGAACGCCAACUGCGACCAGUUGAUUUGACUUAAUUGUUGACAUACUAUUCUUAUUAUAGUAUAUUUUAAAAGUUUUUCUUGAAUAAUAAUUUCAUGAUUUUAGAUCUAAUUUUUUUUUUU